GAAUUUUUCCCCUUCCUUCCCUUCCCCUCCAUUACACCCCAAUUUGGGGUGUAAGAAUUUGGGCCAAAUUUCCCCUCCAUUCUCCUCCUCUACCCUCCAAAAUGAAACUCCCAAACAAGGUUAAAAUGAAAUUUCCCUUCCCUUCCCUUCCCUUCCCCCUCUCUACCCUCCAUCCAAACAGGCCAUUAAGUUUUUCUUUGUUUCAAAAUUUUAAAAGGCGCAGGCUCCGUUCUAGUACUGCCGCCCGAGCACUCACAAGCGACGACACAAAGCGGGAGAACUCAAAUUUCUUCAUCCCAUAAUUUAUUUAUUUUAUUUUAUUUUAUAUUUUCCAACCGAAGACAAUAAAAAACCACUUCGUGGCGUACUGGCGAAGCCGAUCGUGCCGGCCUCAACGCCCAAACCAAAAACGGCAGCAAUCCUUGUUCAAAUCAAAUAGCCCCCUCUUUCUAAUUAUCCUUUUUCUCAGGAAAAAAGAACCCCUAAAAUUUCUAGGGUUCUGAUCUCUUGCAAUGGCGUCCAAUGGAAACUCGCGCGCUUCUCUUCGCCAGAUCCAUCCCUCGAAGGGCGGCGGCGGCACCCACUCGGUUCGCUCGAAGCCGGCCAAUGUGAAGCGGUCUGUUGCUUCGAGUUUGAGGACCUCCAUGGAUUUUGAUGCUGAUUCUGAGAGAGUGCGAGUUGCCAUUAGACUCCGGCCUAAAAAUGCUGACGAUGUUGGUUAUGGAACAGAUUUUAUUGACUGUAUCGAGUUACAGCCUGAGUUGAAGAGGAUAAAGUUGAGAAAAAACAAUUGGAGUUCUGAGUCCUAUAGAUUUGAUGAGGUUCUUACAGAAAAUUCAUCUCAAAAGAGAGUUUAUGAGGCUGUCGCGAAACCUGUAGUAGAGAGUGUGUUACAUGGAUAUAAUGGAACAGUGAUGGCUUACGGUCAAACAGGUACUGGGAAAACAUAUACAGUUGGUAAGCUUGGUAAAGAUGAUCCUUCUGAGCGUGGCAUUAUGGUGAGGGCUGUGGAGGAUAUUCUCAUAGAUACGUCACCUGGGGUUGAUACUGUUGCUGUUUCCUACAUGCAGCUGUAUUUAGAAUCUAUACAAGAUCUCCUGGCACCUGAGAAAACAAAUAUCCCUAUUGUUGAGGAUCCAAAGACAGGUGAAGUCGCUUUGCCUGGUUGUACGACAGUUGGAAUUAGGGACCUUGACCAGUUCUUAGAACUGUUGCAAAUUGGUGAAGCCAACCGCCAUGCAGCAAAUACCAAGCUUAAUACUGAAUCUUCUCGAAGUCACGCGAUCUUAAUGGUCCAUAUUCAAAGAUCUCCUGAAGUUAAACAAGAAAAUGAGGUUUUAUUACCAGGAAAUGAUAUCAGGAGUGAUUUAUCUUCUCGCAACCUACGAGUUCUACUCAAAAGCAAGUUGUUGAUUGUUGACCUUGCAGGAUCUGAAAGGAUAGAUAAAUCUGGUAGUGAGGGUCGCAUGCUUGAAGAGGCAAAAUUUAUAAACCUGUCACUUACUUCUCUUGGAAAAUGUAUUAACGCAUUAGCUGAAAACAGUCCUCAUAUACCAACAAGAGAUUCAAAGCUCACUAGGCUGCUUCGCGACUCAUUUGGAGGAACUGCAAGAACAUCUCUUAUAAUAACAGUUGGACCAUCAGCACGGCACUAUUCUGAAACAGCAAGCACUAUUAUGUUUGGACAACGGGCUAUGAAAGUGGUAAACAUUGUAAAGCUGAAGGAGGAAUUCGAUUAUGAGAGUCUCUGUAGAAAGCUCGAAUAUCAAAUAGACUAUCUUACUUCGGAGAUGGAAAGACAGAAAAAACACAGAGAUGACGAGAAAGUGCAGAUGGAGCAGAGAUUAAAUGAGUGUCAGAUGUCAUUAGUUGAAGCAGAAAACAAUUAUUCUUUAAAAUCUGAGCAUUUAGAAAGAGAGAGUACUCAUUUGGAGUUGGAGAACAAAAAAUUGUUGGAGGAGCUAAACCUGCUUAAGGACCAGAACAGUGCAAUGAGCGAAGAACUUGUUCAUUUAGAAAUGCAUUUAAAGCAAAACAAGCAGCAUCAACUUGAGAGUUCUACAUAUCAAAAAGUGCUUGCAGACACCACUCAGAUGUAUGAGAAAAAGAUGGUGGAACUAAUCAAGCAAGUGGAACAGGAGGAGUCUCAUUCUUCUGAUUUAGAAGGACAAUUGAUGGAGAUGAGAAAGCAUCUUAUCGAUAGUGAAACAUCAAUUCAGGUGCAAACAAAUACUGUGGAUGAGCUCAACUCGAAGUUGCAUAGCAUAUCAAAGUUGAAUGAAGAGGCUGCAAGUAAAAUUCUGUUUCUAGAAGAAACGAAUAGUGAACUUCUAUCCACAAAGGAAUUGUUAACAGAAGAGCUUAAAGUUGUGCAACAUAAACUUUUAGCUGAAGAACGGCAAAGGAAGGGACUUGAAGAUGAAAUUAUCAAAUUGAAAAGGCUUUUAUAUGAUAAUCAUGCUGAAAUUGAGGAUAAAAGCUUGUGUAAAGAUGCAAGUUUGGUUAAACCAGCAUCUGGAUUUGGUCAGAUGAAUUUACCCAAGUCGAGCAAGUCAAGGGAGACUCUAUCUAGCCAAAGGGCUACUAUUGCCAAGAUAUUUGAAGAAGUUGGCCUUCCCAAUAUGUUAACUAUGUUAAGAUCUGAAGAUUUGGAUGUGCAAGUCCAUGCUGCCAAGGUGAUUGCCAAUCUUGCAGCUGAUGCAUCAAAGGAUACCAUGAUUCAUCGGGUCACAGCUGGUGCUAUUGCUAACUUGGCGAUGAAUGGGCUGAAUCAGGGCUUGAUAAUGAGCAAAGGAGGUGCUCGUUUAUUAGCAAAUAUAGCAUCACAAACAGAUGAUCCUCAAACUCUUAGGAUGGUAGCUGGAGCAAUCGCAAAUUUGUGUGGAAAUGAAAGCUUACAUGUGAUGCUGAAAGAGGAUGGUGGAAUCAAAGCACUUUUGACAAUGGUCAAAUCUGGCCACAGUGAAGUCAUUGCACAGAUUGCGAGAGGAAUAGCAAACUUUGCAAAAUGUGAAUCUCGUGCAAUCCGUGAAGGACAUAGAAAUGGAAAGUCUCUUCUUAUAGAGGAUGGUGCACUCAACUGGAUAAUUGCCAACUCUACAGCAUUUUCCACUUCCACUAGACGGCACAUUGAGCUUGCUCUUUGUCAUUUGGCUCAAAAUGAUGGUAAUACAUUUGAUAUUGUUUCUGCAAAAGGAAUCAAGCAAUUAGUACGUAUAUCUCAGGAAUCCUCGAAAGAAGAUAUCCGCAACCUUGCAAAGAAAGCCAUAGAUUCAAACCCAAUAUUUUUGGCAGAGAUUCGAAGAUUAUGACAUAAGUGCUGUAUAUAGUCAUUGGUUUUCUCAGUUAUGGAAAAUUAUAAAGGCCUUAGGUACCUGUUUAACAACAAUGCCCCUUUUGUAAUACAUAGUGGGGCUACAAUAGAUGAGCCAUUCUGUGUGAAGAAAAGAAACAGAAUAAAGAAAUGAAAUUAUAAUAUUUCUAAUUUCAGCCUAA